ACCUGGGCCCCUUGGGUCCCGGGGAGGAAUCCCGCAGGGGCUGGGAGGCUUGGGGCUGCCGCUUUGUCUCUCCGUCCUGAGCCUUAUGUAAGACUUUUUCUCGGGAAACAGGAAGUCCUGCUUGCCAAGUUCAGCACAGGGAGUAGUGAGGCCUCAUUCCAACACACCCGGCCUGGCUUUAACCCCAGCACUCGGCCAGUUUCUUGCUUCUGGUUCUCCUCUCCACCGACCCCCGCCCCUCUUUUCCUGCCUUCAGUCACCCCUGGAGCUUCCCCCGAGACCGUGCCCAUGCCUGAGCCGGGGGGUCUUCCACCCUCACCCCCCGACCCUUGACACUGCCCAGCUUAUCCCCCCAUCCCUGCUCCUGGCACCAUGCCCCAGAGCCAACCAACCUGCCCUCCCCCAACUCUGGGGCCGCCCCUGGGUUCCUGCGCUCUGGCCGCUCCUCCUGGGUGUCACUGGCAGCCCUGUUCUUCCUAGAGAGACUGGCACCAAAUUCUCCUGGGGCUGGGGGCUUCUCAGGACGACACUUGCCCCGCAGCGGGGUGCCGGGAGCACCAACAGUACCCCUAGCUCGCUCUUCUCCUCCCUCCUUUUUAUUCUCAAGUUCCUUUUUAUUUCUUCCUUGCGUAACGCCCUUCUUCCCUUCUGCACCACUGCCUGCACCCCCACCCUCCCGCCAACUCUGUCACCCCACUCCUGAGGCCAUAGCUGUUGGCAGGGUCUUGGGCUCAUGCCAGCCUCAUCUUCUUUCUUGCUAGCCCCCAAAGGGCCGCAGGGCGACAUGGGGGGCCCGGUCCGAGAGCCGGCACUCUCAGUCGCUCUCUGGUUGAGUUGGGGGGCGGCCCUGGGGGCUGUGGCUUGUGCCAUGGCUCUGCUGGUCCAACAAACAGAGCUGCAAAGCCUGAGGAAAGAGGUGAGCCGGCUGCAGAGGAGUGGCGGGCCCUCCCAGAAGGGGCACGAGUACCCCUGGCAGAGCCUCUGGGAGCAGAGCCCCGAUGCCCUGGAAGCCUGGGCGAAUGGGGAGAGACCCCGGAGAAGGAGAGCACUGCCCACCCAGAAACAGAAGAAGAAGCGCUCACUUCUUCACCUUGUUCCCAUUAACAUCACCUCCAAGGAGGACUCAGAUGUCACAGAGGUGAUGUGGCAGCCAGCUCUUCAGCGUGGCAGAGGCCUGGAGGCCCAGGGAUACAUGGUGCGAGUCUGGGACACCGGAGUUUAUCUGCUGUACAGCCAGGUCCUGUUUCAUGACGUGACUUUCACCAUGGGUCAGGUGGUAUCCCGGGAGGGCCAGGGAAGGCAGGAGACUCUAUUCCGAUGUGUAUGCAGUAUGCCCUCUGACCCGGAUCGGGCCUACAACAGCUGCUACAGCGCAGGUGUCUUCCAUUUACACCAAGGAGAUAUUCUGAGUGUGGUAAUUCCCCGGGCACGGGCGAAAUUCAGCCUCUCCCCACAUGGCACCUUCCUGGGGUUCGUGAAACUGUGAUUGUGCGUUAUCGAACGUGGUUCUGAGCUUGGAAGACCAGCGUGGUUCCUAUCGGAUACAGCCAGGAGCUGGCUAGACAAAAGGACAGUGCAUGGGCAAGGGGCCUGAGACCGCUUCUGGGGUUUGAGUCUCUGUUCCUCCCUCUUCCCCUUCCACUCCCAGUGCCCCAGCCUUUGACGUAGUGGACAUUAAAGAGCUAGAAUGUCUUGCUUUUA